CGAAUGCGAGAUACGAAGCGGAAACCUUAGGAAAUUCGCCAUUUUCCAAGACAACGGCAACAACAACAAUAUUAUCAACGCCCAUCAUCAGCAGCAACUGAAAUUGAAACUAUUGAAGCAAUUGCAGCGCAAUGUUUGUGUUCAUUGCCGUCCUGUUGGUCAAUACCUGUCUGGCUGGUACCAUACCAGCUACGCCGGAAAAUAUAACCGUAACAUUUCUAACGCCCACCGCAGUGCGUGUCUCGUGGCAAACGCAGAUUGAUCUGAAGGCGCAUCCAAUUGAGAAAUACAUUGUGACCUAUAAGCCCACAGAUGACAGGGUUGUACAGGACGUUGCCGGCAACAGCGAGGCCAUUGUCCUGGACCGUCUGCUGCCCAGCACACAGUAUUCCCUAUCUGUCACAGCCAUUUGGAUGGGCAAAAAAUAUCGCAGUCGCGGCCAGAUUAAAUUUCGCACUCUCGAUCUGCCCAAGAACACAUCACAGCAGGACUUUCCGCCGGGCAUCUAUGGCCGCAAUGGCUCUGGCAAUGGCAGUGACGAUGUUACCUCCACGGCCACCAAUACGCUGACGCACAGAACCGCGCGGGAGCUGCCAACGAUACGUGGCGUAGAGAUUGGCAUUGUGCUCAUCGUCCUGAUGGUUUGGGCGGGCGCCAUUGCGCUGUUCUUCAAUCGCUGGGGCAAGAUCCGUAUGCUGCUGCCCUAUCAGCCGGACUACAAGCACGAGCAGCUCAAGGUGCCCGGCACGGGCGUGUGCAGCGCCAGCGGCUGCAAUGGCCAGCACUCGCAUCAGCAACCAGUGCAUCGUGAACCGGUCACGCCCACAAUGGCCGUUAGCCAUAGCCAUGGCACGCCCACCAAUACCUAUGUGCGCGGACCCAGCGUCGACAAUCAGUCCAUUGUGGGCGCCCAUGUGCUGGAUAAUGUGGAUAGCAUAGAUAGUGCUGUGCCCGAUAGGGAUGCGGAUGAUGUGCAUGCAGAUACGGAUGCCAGAGAUAACGGCUACCCGCCAGCCGAGGAUGAGCAGCUGCUGCAACGAGAUCCGGCACCGCAGCGCCUGCUGCCCCUCUCGGUCAACAGUCAUGCCAAGCAGCGUCGGUUUGCGCAACAGCGCAGCAUACUCAAGAACUCGCAGGAGCGCACCUUUGUCGAGGAGAACGAGGUGCUCGAGGCCAAGAAGCAAUUGAUAUUGCGCCGACGGCGCCUCUUCAGCCACUAUCGGCAAUACGAUCAGUGGCGACGGCGACAGUUCAGCUAUGAUCCCAGUUACUUUCGCCCGCCUCCGUUGCCGUCUAGACCGUUGGCAUAUGCUGAUUAUGGCACAGCUGCCGUCGGCAAUGCCGGUGUCGGCAUCAACAUUGGCGGUGCGCCAAUCGGAUCUGGAGUCGGCAGCUCCACAUCUGCUGCGGCCAAUGUUGGACGCCGGCGUCGACAGUACCGGCGCCAGUAUUCGUGCGCCGAUCGCAGCCGGGAUGGAUCGCGCGAGAGUCGCGGCUCGUCCACGCUGCAGCUGCAGAAAUAUCACAGCAUGGUCGCCAGCGAUACCAUACACACCGAAUCGUCCAUGCUCAAUCACAGCAACUACAGUGAACCGGCCAGCCACAUCCACAUGCUCGCGGAGGAGCGUUCCACAUCGAUCUCGGAACGCUGCACGCGCAGCCGCAUCAAUUCGGCCAUAUUCGUCUCGUCGGAGGGUCGCGGAUUCGAUUCCAUUGAGUUCCUGCGGCGCCAUGGCUCACAGAGUGUGCUCUGUCGCAAGGCCAAGAGUGCCGAGAAUAUUACCGACAAUGGACGCAGGAAGAGUCUGCGUCCGUGGCGCACAGAUGAUGACUCCGUCCAGCAGCAGCAGCAAAACUCUUCCCAGGACAUUGAAAUGAAGGAGUGCGGCGGCAACGCCGGCGAGCUGCUAACGCUACCCGUGCUCCACGACGCCAAGCAACCGAAAACAGCUGUGACUAGUUUGCUGGCGCGUGCCUCUGCUAUUACCACGGCCAAUGUCAUAGUAGGCAGCAUUUCACUAGAGGCACCACCGCCGUAUAUGCAAGACGAUGACACCAACUCUAUAUCAGCGUUGAUCCACAGCGAUGCCUCGGCCAUUGUGCACGACUCACAGGAUUCUGCAGAAACAGUCGAGGAACUGGUGCAUGUGCCGCUGCUGGCCAGUGCAACGGCCACCACCUCCAUUUCUGGCGCCUCCACGCCCAGCAUCGCCAUAGAGGCCAAGCCGCGUGUGCUAGUGCAUCAGCGCUCAUCGACGGCCUCCUCAUCGCCGCACAGUAGCCCCAAAAAUCUGAGUCUCGGCCUCAAGAUAAUCAAACCCAAGAUCGGUGCCGUGCCAAUGGUUUCCGUGUCGGGACCAUCGCCUCCUAUUGAGAAGCCGCCGCUGGCAGAAUGCUUGUAACAGAUGGCAGCCGAAACAUUUAUCUAAGCGCGCUCACUCAAGGCAACUGGAUACCCAGUCCCAGUCACAGAAGAAGCACCAGACACACUCACACACACAAACGUACCCAAAGUAAACACACACACACACACACACGACGCCCAAUCCUUGACUCAGAUGGAAAGGUAGUUAGAAGUAUGCCAGCUGCUCAAAUAAGUGUUUCGGUAAAGCUGGGGAGGAUUAACACGCCUCUUCAGGCAGUAGAAGUAGAUGUAGAUGUAAGAGUAGAUAUAGGGCAUAGGGCGUAGGUGUAGUUAUUGUACCAAAACAAAAUAGAGGGCAUCGACAUAUUGCAAGAAAGCUUUGUAUAUUCAACAAUGACUGAAGUAUACACAUGUGAACAUUAAAAAAAAACUAUAGACGAUGUUUAUACGGCGUUAUAUACACACACACAACUGAUAAAUCAGCUUUAACGACAAACAAGUAAACUAUCAGGCUUUAAUAUUAUGAUGAAUUUCUGGUUUAACCCUAGACAUAGGCAGACUAACAACCUCUUGAUGAAGUUAUAUACUCCUAAUUGUUCAUCCUAUACCGAUAUAUACCUAUAAUAUAUACACACAUAUUAAUAGUUAUAGCCAAACCUAGGGCACUCUACACAUGUUUAUAUACAUAUAUACACCUCUAUGAGUAUAUAUUUUCACAGACAGCCUAUACACGUAUACCCUAAAGGUAGUUGAAAUACCCACUAAAUAGCUUGUAGGCACAAAUAUUGAACCUAGUCGAAAAUGUUACUUACCUACUUACUAGCUAACAUAUCAAAUACCCACGACCAAAAACGAAACGUUGAAACUGUAAACUAGUCUAUAAAUUUAAAUUCCUAUAAUGAUAUUGUAAUUAUUGUCAAGUAAGAAAGUGCCCAGGAUGAGUUCGAAGUGUUUUUAAAACUACUUGUACUUGUACGUUUAUGUAUAGAUGUCAUUUUAAACGAAAUAUACUUCUUUAUAGCUGUAGAUAUAGAUAUAGAUAAAUAUAGGUGUAUUUACGAACUCAUAAUGUAUCCUUUUAGUGUCUAAGCAUGCAUUUUCAAACAGUUUCACUUGAUGUACCUACCAUACAUAUAUGUUAGUUAUAUCGAUUAUAGAACUGAUGGCAGCGCAGAAACCAUUUGCUCUCUCUUCUCUAGUUAGUUCUUUACCCUAUAGUUAUGUUACUUAAAUUCUCUGAGCAAUACUUGCUUGAAUAAUCCCCUACUAAUAAUACCAUUUAACUUAAACUAUACACUAUGUUUCAACAAUUCUUAUGUAUAUACACACGCACUCUACUUAAUAAGCUCUUUUAAACCCACUAUGAAUACAACACGAACUCCAUGCGCAACUAUGAUGAAACAUUUCAAAACUGGAUUAUCGAAUGGAACACGAAAUGUUGUUAUUAAGGAAUUGUCAAUUUAUGGUCCAAAGCUACAAUAAAAAACAUGAAACAAAUACCAUUUGAAUGGGUAAGAAUUAAGCUUAACUAAGUUAUAGUUGGUCUACGUUCAAUUCGCGAUUAAAUAAAA